AUGUCUUCGCCCUCCCCCGAGACACCGUACACCAAAGAUGACCCCGAGCUCUCCCGCGCUGCUAGCUAUACCGAUCUCCCAAGUCAGACAACAGAGCCCACUCUCCGCCGUACCUUCUCCGACUAUGCCGUUCCAGCCCAGGCAGAGUCGCCGACCAAAGAGAGCGUCGCUGCGGGGAAGGACAUCCUCCGCCGGACCUCUCUGCGCUCCAAGGACAAGGAUGCGGUCUCUGUCUCACGUUUCACGCUGUCGUCAUCGGAGGAUUUGAAGGACACGGAGUCCAAUGUGCCCGAAACCAGGGCCCCGGAGCCUGCGGCGCGGCCCUCCAAAACUCGCUCGAUGUCCGGACGGAUCGUGAGCCUCGCCAGAAAACCAUGGAGCUCCUCCUCUCGAUCCCCCUCGCCCUCCGCCAAAAGAUCUAAACAACAAGACUCCCAGUCCCCCACGCGAUUCGGCCGAAAAUCGGACGAUGAACAGCCGCCCUCUCGCAGGCGAACAAUUCUCUACAAACGCCCACGCCGGCCGAUGCUAGCUGUCGUAGCCAAAGGCCCCGAAGAGAACCCCGACUCCCCGAAUAGUCCGUCGACCAAUCCGCUACGACAUCGGUCUUCGUUUGAGAAGUUUACCGCUUCACUUUCAGUUUCGACUCCGGUGCUACCGCCCAUGCCAAAGGGUGCCGCGGAAACGGCCGCGGCAUAUGCGAACGUGAGCCCUGAAAUUCCACGGAAGAAGGACGAGCUUUGGGGUAUCUUCCGUGGUUUAGAGGCGGACUUUCAAAAAUUCCAAUCCAAGUCCAUAUCGCUCAAGGCGAACGUCAUUCGCUCCUCCCUCCUUCCUUUCCUCGGUCGCCACCAUCUCCAUGCGUCAUGCAAGAACCUCAGACCGGAAGAUCUGGAUCGCCGAGUCAAUAUCCUCAACAAGUGGUGGGUUGGGAUGCUGGAAAUGCUCAAUGGCAAAAACAAUCAGUCAAUAUCUGGGACCGAUAGACCUGUCUUCCUAGAAGCUAUAGUCGGAAUCAUGGCGCGACCAGAAUGGCGCAUUCCAUUCCCCAUGGCUCAGCAAGGCAGUGGGCCAACAGACUCAUUGAAAUAUGCGUCAACUUCGGUUUCUGAAUCAUCGGAUGGCUCAGCCUCCUCUGGCUCGGAUUUCUUGGUUGAAUCGAUUCAUCACAAUAUCCGCAACAUCUUCAUCCAAAACCUGAUUUCACAGAUGUCGUUUGUGGUCGAGCGCAUGUCCAUGAGACAUGCGCCGGCAAGCCUAGUCGCAUUCUGCGGGAAAGCUUGCGCAUAUGCCUUUUUCUUCUGCCCGGGAAUUUCUGACAUCUUGGUCCGUCUGUGGUGUACGCCGCCAAACAUGUUCCGACGCAUUCUGUCAGGCGCUGCAGACUCGCGGAAUCGUCAUCUGCGCGCAGAGACCCAAGAGCUUGCUUCUUGCUUCCCGCCAGCGCUUCGCCCUCUCGCUUUUCACUCGCCGGCACCCUUGCUGCGGUACUUACGCCAGAAACCCGACACUCCGUUAAACAUCACGCAUAUCAACUGGAACCGUCCGUGGAUCACACGUUGGGCGGGCCGUGAUACAGAUCUGUUCUUCGUGUUCGUGAAGUAUGUGCAUAUAUUGUAUUCUGAGUAUAUUCCGUCGGAGACCGAAAAAGCCAAGCGAAUUUUCUCUCCCGGCCUCCUAUUGGUUCAUGCCCAGCUAUUGCUUGUUUUAGAAGAUACUCUCUACAAGCAGUCGACACCGCAAGCAACCGAAAAUCCUCAUUCCACCGCAGCCAUUACUUUCGAUGACUUCAUAGAGUCACCGGACGCAUCUGCUUCCUCUCAGCAUCUUCGGAGCGGCAGCAAUAGUCACCGGUCGAUGGCCGAGAACCGCUUGGUCAUCCUCCUUCGAGAUUUGCUCUCCGAAUCAUCCAUUGAACCCAACCGCGCUCGACUUCUGUUCGCCGAAUCUUUCUGUGGUAUUAUCAAGGCUGCAGCGCAGAAAACCUCGCUCUUUGAUCAUAAUGCAUGCUUCUUGCUGUGUGAUUUCCUCGAGGAAAUUAUUCCAAUCAUCACUCGCUAUGCCCAAUCGAUCGAAACAGAACUCUUUGACUGGAGCUUCUGGCAGGAGGUUUGCCGGCAAAUGAUGCAAAGUCACAACUCUCUUACUGAGGUUAGAGUAUUCUCAUUUCUGUUCUGCGUUUGGGGUACCUGGGUCGCAACAGAAGAAAGAAAGGCUUCCCUCUGUCUGGAAUUCCUCCUGCACGAGCCGAUAUUCUAUUUCUACUUCAACCACUGGAGCCCAAUGGUGCGUGCAUACUUCCACCGCCUGGUGUGCUGGAGGAUUGGCCGGUUCACCGCCGAUCCGUCAUCGCUAGACUCCAUGAUCUAUGAGACUCUUUCAGAUCGCCUUCUGCGAGUUUGGGAGUAUUAUAUCGGAUUCCAAUCCAAAGCGGAAGAGGAUAUGACUGCCCCCCUAUCCUCUGCUCCCUGUACCCCGGCCCCUGGUCGAAGAAUUAUCAUCAUCAGAUGUGACAACCACUUGUCUCCGGUCAAUUUGUUCGUCAGCUUCGACCGGGUCAUCCCACCUGCUCCUCCAGACCAGGUCACCCUGCAUCGACGAACGGGCUCUGCGGAUUCAGCAGGGUCAGAUGGCCCACCCUCUAAAAGGCGCUGGGGCAUUUUCAAGUCCAUGUUUGGAAGUUCCUCUAGCUCUCGUCUGGCUGAGAGCAAUAAAAACAGCAGCUCCGAUGAUUCUGAGACUGGUGUAGACUCAACAGUUACCCCGGAAAGCAAAUGUAUGGAUGAACACGAGUCGACUCCAAGUAACAGCGCAGAGGAGCUCGUUGAGCCCAAAACACCCCACCAACCGUUUUUCUUCAAAUUCUCUCUGGAGUGGAUGGAUCGCCCACAGUGGCCCACCAAAAACAAACGUCUCUUUACACCCUGCCUACCCGUUGCCUCCCAAUUACACGUCGAUCACCGCCGUUUUCCUGAUAAAUCAGAAUACGACACCGCAUCUGAGAACCCCGCUGCAUCAGAUAUUGAGAGCGAAACGAACUCCCACAACUCAGAUCAAAAUACCCCUACUCAACCCACCUUGGACUGGCCAAGAACCCCGACUACGAAGAACUCACCUCUCCCCGAACUUCCGUCCCAAUCUUCUCAUGACCAUCUCGUGGCUAGCAAGUAUGCAGGCCGGGCACUGGCGGAGUGGGCGCAUAUUGUCUCCGAGUGCGAUAGCUUCUUUGCUCGCCGUCGUGACGAGGGCGUCCCCACUGACCGCAUGGUUGAAACACCUACCCUGGGUGCUGAAAGCUUCCGCAAAUAA